AUUGCGUGAUAGGGGUGUGUGGACAUGUCUGUUCCAAUACAGCGGCGCUUGGAUGAGCUGUUGAGCCCAUUGGGUUUCCAAUGCGAUCCCUUCAAGAUUAGUUGGUACAAUGCAGUCGUACAACCUUGCUUUCAUCUACAAUAUCCAGAUGACACUUUGGCCUUUGUUGUUCUCAGCACACCCCAGAUGUUUGAGAAAGCCUUCAAACCGUUCAUUGGAGUCAUGCAAUUAUCUACAGUUCGGGAUCCUAUUGAUGAGUGUGUUGCUCAUUAUUUCUCUCUAGUGGGGAAAAAUUUCCCUGAUCACAGGAUUGAAACCAUCCAUGACUUUGAGUUGCUUCCUAAUCGAAGGCCAAAGGUUUUGGUACAAACAGCUGCACAUGAGGCUGGAGUGGCCUAUUAUUACCAAAUGAAAGAUGUGCAGAAAAACCCCUGGGGAGAAAAAAAAUUGUAUGGGGUCUGCAUUCAUCCACGUUACGGAGGCUGGUUUGCCAUACGAGGAGUCCUGAUAUUUCCUGAUGUCCAGGUCCCAUCCCUCGAGCAAAAGCUGCCUGUGGACUGUGUGUCAACCGAUGAAAAAAAGAUCCAACUUCUCAAUAGGUUUAAUUUUCACUGGCAGGAUUGGACCUACAGAGAUAUCAUUGAUGUAGAGGAAAGAUACUCUGAAGAGCAAAUGCAGUACUUUGCUACACCUCCUGCUGAAAGAUUUAAACUGCUUGGACUGACAAAAUGAUUGUUAAUGAUAUCUAGAUAGCAAUAAAGCACAGGGCAUGGAACUCUUACCUAGGGUGACAAAGUGAAUAUUUUUGAACACCUGAACAAAUGCUACACCUCAAGAAUUUGGAUUCAUAAUUUCAUGGAGAUGUGACAUCCGGUGCAGGAUGUCUAGAGAGGUGCACGUGGAAUGAAGUAAAUCUAUUUAGCAAGAUUUAAUGAGUGACGGGACAGCAAGUUGAAUGCGAUGUGGUGGCCCACCAGAAAUUUGCCAUGUACAUAGGAAUGAGUAGAUUUAGAAAAGGUUACAUUUUUAAUGGGACUGGUGUUGGAGAAAAUUGCCUGUAUUUUCAAUUUGAUUCUCUGUCAAACUAAUGGUUGAAGACAUGGUCAAUGGGGUCAAGAUAUGUUUGUCAGAUAUUCUAAGAGAUGUAGUUUACAUAGAGAUCAGGAGAUAGUCAAGACUAACAUGAAUCUAAUUAUUGGUGUGUGAGAACAAAAUAGAGACUGAAUGUAAAGAAAAACUGCAGAUGAUGAAAAUGUAAAAUAAAAAGAAAAUACUAGAAACACUCAGCAGACCAGGCUGCAUCUGUGAAGAGAGGAACAGAGCUGAAGUUUCAGGUCGAAGAGAAGUGACAAAAUAGAGACUUUUCAUUUUAGGUGGAAGAGAAUAAAUCUUCUGUUUGUGUUUUCAAUCAGUGGUUUAAUGCUUUAAUGUUAUGGUGUAAAAUGUAAUAAUUUAUAUAAACAAAAAUGUUGGUUCUCUUUCA